AUGGCAACAAGCGCAGCCCCAGAUAUCGACCUCGCUAUUGAGGAAACCCGAAGGACCCCCUUCACAGACAGAAUCUCGGGGAUGAAGCUAAGUACAAUCGGGAAGAUUAAAUUCCCCGAGUACUCUGGAAAUUCAGAUCCCAAAGCUCACAUCCGAGCCUUCAGAGUCGCGAUAUCCAGGACGCAUCUCAACGACAAUGAAAAAGAGGCAGGAUACUGUCGUUUCUUCGCAGAGAACCUCACGGGCUCCGCCCUAGAAUGGUUCGCCGGCCUAGAAGAAAAUUCGAUCGAUAACUUCACACAACUAGUAUCGGCGUUCCUAAAGCAGUACUCAGUGUUCAUAAAAACCAUAACAACAGAAGCCGAUCUAUGGAACCUCAAACAAGCACCCUUCGAGCCCCUAAGAGCGUACAUAAAUAAGUUUAGAGAAAUCAAAGCGAAAAUCGCAAAUCUAAACGACGGAGUGGCUCUCGCCGCAUUGAAGAAUGCGUACGAAGAGGACGUAGCUAACUUGAAAGAACAAUUUUUGGCAAGCAAAAAUGCCGCCAGCAAAAAGGCUUCGACAACUAAGGAAGCACCAACCAAAGAUCAACAUUCUUACGCAAUAGAUAACUCCACAAAAAACAAAUCUUCGAUCAAGCCAACACUAGCCGAUAGGGUUACAAAACUCAGACAGCAGCUAGAGGAAGCGAGACCAUACGAACUCAGAAACCGAAAGAAAAACAGCACGCAACAGCCUAGCUACAAGCUGUCUGGGGGGCAAAGGCAAUACCACCAAUCCGCAUGGAAAAAGAAAUGGCUCUCCCCCGCGAUAAAUAGACAGAUCAUACGACAUAUCGAUUUCAUCUAUGGAGGAUCAAAAUUCUGUAACUCUGUCAACUCAAUAAAGGCCCACCAGCGGAGAGCCGAAAGACCUCUAAGAGUCCAAGAACCUCUCCCCGGACCUGACCACGAAAUCACAUUCGACGAGAACGAAACCGCCGUCCUUGAUCAACCACACGACGACGCCCUCGUUCUACGACUCGAUGUCGGAGGAUGCGAGCUCUCACGAAUCAUUAUCGAUACCGGAAGCUCAGCCGAUGUCCUAUUCUACGACGCCUUCAAACGAAUGGGAUUCAUCAAAAAUCUCCUUAAACAAGAACCAACCCCGCUCAUCGGAUUUGCAGGAGAAACAACUUACUCCCUAGGAUCCAUCGAGCUCGCAGUCACUGCCGGAGACGUUAGGAAAAUCGUGGAGUUCAUCGUAAUAGACCGACCAGAACCAUUCAAUGCUAUUUUAGGGAGACCUUGGCUAUACAGUAUGAAAGCAGUACCAUCAACUUACCACCAAUGCCUGAAAUUCCCAACUCCGAAAGGCAUCGAAACUAUUCGCGGAAGUCAGAGAAGCUCUUGGACAUGCUACCUCGCGAGCUUCAAAGACAUCGAAUCACACCCUUAA